UUGGAUUCUCGGUCCUUUGGACCAGGCUCAGUUUGCACCAUGCAUUUCCAGACGGUGCACCUUCAUCCGCCUGUGGAAACAUGUUGCCUUUGCACAUGGGGACCCAACCACAGACAUCUCCAGCCCCUUACGAAUUCCUGGUCAGCUCACCAUCUUUCUCAAAUGGUCAGCCGAUCGAUGUUCAGAUCACAGGGUCCGAAUACAGGGGCGUGCUGCUGGAGGCCCGGACGUUUGCUUCCCCGGCUGCAUUGGGUUUCUGGCAAACUCCUCCCAACAACACCCAACUAUUAGCGUGUUUUGGACGGCCGGACAGUGCCGUCACUCAUUCCAACACCAACUUGAAAACCAAAGAGGCGACUUACACAUGGUUUCCGCCGAACAAAGACUGUCCUAAAGUAGUGUUCUUUGUAGCGACCGUGGCUCAGUCUUACGACAUCUACUGGACCAACGUGAAAUCCAAAGUGGUUUGGAGAAGUCAGAGCACAAUCCAGGGUAACUCCCGGGAGUUUUGGUGUGCUGCAAUGCUCCAGUGGGGUUCCUUCCCAGACAAAGAAGCAACGUGUGGAGGAAGGUCCUUUGCAAGCAACGUCAAUGGAAUCGUGGUCUUCUCUCUGCUUCUGAGUUUGCUGGGAUACAAUUAGGAACCAGUGCAUUCAGAUCUAUACUAUGGAAUAAUUAUUAUUCGUCAAUUAAAACAGAAGUCAUACCCCCAAAGCUUUGUUGCCCCAUGUCAUUACAAUUAACAUGCAUCCUCAGCUAUGCUUCCUGCUGUAACCAGAUCUAUUUCUAUAGAAGGAUGCAUAAUGAACUAUAUA